AUAAUUGUAAACGUCAUUGAGUUGUCAAAGUUUGCCGAAAGCCGAUAAUUUAGGCCCAGCUCAAUCAGUUUCUCUAAAUAUUACUUAUUAAAAAGUAAAUAGUGCUUUAAAUCAUGAUACUCGACGAAAAUGUAUUGCUAUUCUUGAUAUUAAUAUUCUCUUGGUUGGAAUAUUUAUGGGAACUGUAUCUUUCCUUGCGGCAGUUGAAGAUAUACAAGACCAACAACACUAUCCCAGAAGAUUUGAAGGACAUGCUGAAUAAAGAAUCUUUUAAAAAAGCACAAGUUUACGGUACUGAUAAGUCUCAAUUCAAAAUAGUUAGAGAAUUAUAUGGUAUAUCAUUAACAUCUAUAAUACUUUAUAAUAAAUGGAUAUCUGUGGCAUGGCAGAAAUCAGAAAACAUUGCAGCCACUAUGAACAUAAAUCCAAACCAAGAAAUCAUAAUGAGUUGUAUCUUUAUGACAUUUGUAACGCUAUUCAAUUUUGUUGUAAAUAUGCCUUUUACUAUCUAUGGGACAUUUGUACUUGAAGAAAAACAUGGAUUUAAUAAGCAAACUGUUGGAUUCUUUAUAAAGGAUCAGGUGAAGUCACUAGUCCUUAGUCUAGUUAUAACGUUACCUAUUGUUUCCAUUGCAAUAUAUAUUAUUAUGCUUGGCGGAAAUAUGUUUGUUGUGUGGCUGUGGCUUUUUACAACUGUAGCAACUUUGAUACUAUUAACUAUCUACCCAUCAGUGAUUGCACCAUUGUUUGAUAAAUUCCAGCCCCUAUCAGAUGGUUCACUUCGGCAAGGUAUAGAGAAUCUAGCUUCAAAACUUAAUUUCCCAUUAUCCCAAAUUUACAUUGUAGAAGGUUCUAAACGAUCAGCACACAGCAAUGCAUACUUCAGUGGAUUGUUUGGUGCCAAGAGAAUCGUUUUGUUUGACACUUUACUACAUAAACAUGAUGAAGUAAAAAAUAUUACCACUGGUUGCACUGAAAGUGAAAUCUUGGGAGUUUUGGCUCAUGAACUAGGUCAUUGGAAAUGUAGUCAUAUAUACAAGUCAAUUGCUCUCACUGAAGUAAACCUGCUACUUCUUUUUUCCGCAUUUGGAUUCCUUUUCAAAUAUUCUUUACUGUACACAUCUUUGGGUUUCCCACCAGGACAGGAACCUGUCAUUAUAGGUCUAAUAGUGGUCCUACAAUUGAUUCUUGCUCCAUAUAAUUCCCUGCUAUCAUUUUUUGCUACAGCGUUGUCAAGGAAAUUUGAGUUUGAGGCUGACAACUUUGCUGUUUCCCUAAACUAUGCCAUGGAGCUAAGGUCAGCCCUAAUCAAAUUGGGUAAAGACAAUUUGGAUUAUCCUAUCUAUGAUAAGAUCUAUUCUGCCUGGUAUCAUUCUCAUCCAACACUGUUGCAUAGAAUUGAAAAUAUAAAAUCUCAAAUUGCCAGCACAAAACAAGAUUAAUUAUUUUCUUACCAUAAGUGUAAUGCAUUUAUUUUAAACAGUACAAUAAGUGAAUAUCUUUGUAGUGAUCACUGCGUAAUGCAUUUAAUGCAUAUAGAUUGUAAAAUUUUUAACCUGAUUACAGGGAUAUGUUUUUGGUAUACUUAUUAGUUGUUGCAAAUUCUCUAAACUAAACUAAAAUUUCUAAACAUAGAGCUUUUCAAAAAAAUACGUUACAAUUUAGUUUUGUUAAGAUAUUUGUGUGCAAUCUGCAUCAAUGUUUAUCCUCUCCAUUUUCUCAGAUGUGUCAUUUUUAAAAUUAUAUAUGAAAUUUACUAUUACAAAAAGGCUUAUUUUUGUGAGGUAUCUUAAGCCAGCAUACCUAAAAUUACUAUUUUUGUAAUCGGGUUAAUUGUUUUUGUAUUUUUAAAGGUAACAUAUUUGUGAUUUGCACAAAUGUGUCAUAAAUAUUACUAUAAGAAAAGUUACAGUUAGAGUAAACUUGGUACAUACUGGAUUAAGUUGAAAUAAAAUUUUAUGGUAUUAUUACCAUAAAAUUUCAAUUGUCAAGUGUCAACUUA